AUGGGGGGAAUGAGAAAGGAUAGAACUGCACGUGUACCUAUUACUGGUUGCACACACGUGAACACCCUUGUAGGAGGCGAACGGGAAAAGGGCCUACAUAGCUACGAAUCGACUCACCCAGAGGACGCACGCACACACAAGCUCGAAAGCGUCGUUGUAAGGAUAAAAAAACUGGAGGAAAACGAAAAACCAACUUUACACGCAGACCCGAAGGACAAAACGAUCCUCUACUUCGACAAGGACUUCGAGAUAGAGCAGUACCACUUUGACAUCGUAUUUGACGGAGAUGACGACAAUGAAAAGGUUUUUCUAGAAAUAGGAGGACACACAAUUGUGCACAACGUCUGUAGGGGAUUUAAAGAAACGGUCAUUGCUUAUGGGCAGACAGGUAGUGGGAAAACCUACACUCUUUUCGGGUCGAAUCAAGAACUGGGAAUAAUUCACUACUUCCUACGCGACCUGUACAGAGUGAAAUGUAAUGAUCUGCGGAAGAAAACGAUCUACUUGAGCUUGUAUGAGGUCGUUGGAGACAAGCUGGUCGACCUUAUGACAAACGUGAGCGAGAGAAACACUCAGUUUUACACACAAGACUAUUACUUGAAAACCAUAAGACACUCCUACAAGGUGGUUAACAUUUCAAGCUUCGAAAUGGCCAAGAAAAUUAUCGACACGGCUUGUCUCAUGCGUAACGUGGAGGCCACCUCACAGAACCGCAGGUCGAGCCGCUCCCAUGCGAUCAUCCACCUUUUCGUGAACACGUCUGACUUGAUCCACCAUGACGGAAUGGAAACUACCAGGGACUACUACGGCGUCCUCACCUUCGUGGACUUAGUCGGCUGCGAACGGGAGGAGUUCAACACACAGGGGAGCCAAAACAGGAACGAAAAAACGUCCUCCAAGUUUCUGAAUUCCUCCCUCACGUCGCUCAACAAGAUGCUUCGCAAGAUGCAGAUGGGAAACCUGGACGAGUCGGACAAACGGCAAAGCGUGCUGUGCAAAGUUCUCUUCAAUUACAUAAAGAAGACCUGCGGCGUGUGCCUCAUCUUUUGCUUCAACCCGAGACAGUGCCAGAAGAGCCUGACCAGCUCGACGCUCAUCAUGGCCAGCGAAUGCAAAAAAAUAAAAAGCAAAAGGAAGCAGCUGCUUUACGUGAAGACCGAAAAUAGAGAUCACUUUUUUAAAAGAAUAACCCACGGGAAGGGUGGAAGGAACAAUGGGGGGAGCCCACUGUCAGGUGAAUCCCAUUCGAGGACAAGCAAGAGGGAUUCAUCGAAGGAGACGUGGACUGGAAAAGAAGCAGAUGUAGGGGAAGAGGCACCUUCUAAUGGCAACGCAAUCAGUGACGACGCCACGAUGGUGCUUGUUCACUCGGGUGACGUAAUGGGCCACCAAAACGGAACGCACGUCAUAACCCUUAGAAAGGGGAACGAAAAACAAGAAGCACUUAAAAAGAUAGUGUGUGAGUUGGUUCACAUGAGUAAGGAAGAAGAAAAGGAAAAGGAGAAGACGAUUCAGAAGCUACACAGCGAUGUGGACAGAUUAACGAAGGAGUGUUCCCACUGGAAGAGACAAGCGCACAACUACCACAAGAAGCUAAUAUUGCUACAUAGGAACUACGCAAAGAUUAGAGAGCUGCUAUUUAACACGUUACACAGUGGGGGGAACGACAUUUCUGUAGGAACGUUCCGCUCAUCGACGUCGUGUUACUCGUUUGUUCAGCCCGAUGAGGACAACUCCCUCAUUGGUGGGAAUAUAUACGUAGGAAAGGAUGAUCAGCGCGUUAAGAAAGAAUCUCCCCCCUGGGGGAAGAAACAACUCACUGAAAGGGAUGAUCCAGUUAGGCAGGGAGAUGGUAUACCAACGGGGGACGUCACCUCGUACGAAAAGAAACAUUAUGGUGUUUCAUCUGGCAAGGCAAGCAACCGGAGUGAUCUCUCCAAAGGGAUGGAUUCUUUCACUGGAUCAAAGCAGGGAAGGAAAGAAGAACAGCACCGUGGUGGCUAUUCCCAUCAGGUGGAAAAUGUAGAAUAUUUCGAUGCAGACACGUUGGAAAAGAGGCACAACAAGGAGGGUAGUACGCAGAGAAAGGGAAGCUACUCAGGGAUUGCUUCACAAUCAUCCACUUUAUUACAUCCCGACCGUGUCUACGUGGAUGGUAUUGAAACAAACCUUGUCCAGCAGAACAGUGAGCAGACCCUUAUAAAAGGGAGCAGCUCGGCGAAGGUAGUACCAACAGGAGGAACUCCAUUGGAGACAAAGAGGGACGUCAGAAAUGCCAACCAUAUCACCAUCGACUCGCUCACAACGAAAAUAAGGAACCGUAUUUUGAAGUCCAGGAGCUUGUCCACGGCGGGGUGA